UAAACAUAGAAACUAUUUAACAAUUGUGGCACAGAGAAAAUAGAUUUAAAUAGAAAACUGUUUUCUUUCAUCACAGACUCUGUUAGUUUAUUUUCCAGAAUUUGUUUAAAGUCAUAAGCAUUAAAUAAAUAAACAUACGAAUAUAAUACAAGGGUAGUUGAAAACAUAAGUUCGUACAUUGGAAAAUAAUAAUAAUAAUAAUCAUCAUCAAACUCCAUCAUACAUCAGUGACCUGAUUGUUCCAUUCGUUCCUAACUGAGCACUUCGCUUUCAGACUGCAGGUUUACUGGUGGUUCCCAGAAUAUCUAAAAUUAAGAUGGGAGGCAGAUCUUUUAGCUAUCAGGCUCCUCUCCUGUGGAACCAGCUCCCAGCCUUAGUCCCUGAGGCAGACACCUUGUCUACUUUUAAGACUAGGCUAGUGCAAAAAUGUUGAUAAUUGAGUAGAUUACCUUCAUUAUCCACUAGAUGAGUCAUGGACACGAUAGCUCUAUUAAACCAUUCUCUAAAAAAAUAAAGCUUUAUUGCAGUGCAGAACAUAUCGGUUGUUCCAGAUUAUUGCAGAGUGCGGUGAAAAAUGAUGUGUGUAUAUUCAUUUCCAAUUUAAUAAGAUUUGUUUAUGGAAGUCUGAUAAUGUUUAAAAGUCUGAGAUGAGUAGUAUUUUCAAACCACCAAGCUGAAUAGGAAAUUGGGGCUACAAUACCAAAAUGAACUAGGGUGUUUAAUCCAGGAUUUUAACCCAUUUAUUUUUAAGGUUCCAUUAAGGCAGUCUAGAUCGAUAACUUUAAGGCCGCCAUCCUCUAUCUCCUUGACUAAUAUGCUCUUUUUAAUAUAAUGUGGCCUGUUUCUCCAAAUGAAAUUUAAAUUAAUCCCAUUGAAAGACUUUAUUGCAUUGCUUGAGAUAGCUUUUGAAUAGAGGGGAGAAAUACACCUUGAAAGGCUUUCCAUUUUUGUUUAGUAAAUUCUGCCUAAUAUUGAUAGAUCCCUUUGAAUCCACGAGUUCAAUUUUUGUUUGCAGUCUUUUAAUUUAUUUUUAGUGUUUAACUGCUGACUCAUUUUAUAAUCCUUAGGUGGAUGCUGAGGUAUUUAAUAUGUGUUUUGAUAGGAAUUUGACUGAUUUCUGUAAGAGUAGUAUUGUGGAGUGCAAAAAGUUUGCAUUUAUUUAGGUUUAAAAUUAACCCUGAUGCUUUGGAGAAUUUAUUAAUAAUUUGUAUAGCAUUAGGAAUCUGAUGCCUAUCUUUCAUAAAUAAUGUAUCAUCCGCUAACUGGCUAAUGAUAAUUUUUGUACCAAAAACGUUUAGAAGCUUUACAUUUUUGCAGUUUUUAACGUGAAUUGCUAACAACUCUGUUACCAAAAUAAACAAAUACGGUGAAAUAGGACAACCCUGUGGAAUACCAACGUUAACAUCACAGUUAGGAGUAGAACCGCUUGAGAGGACGACGCAACUAUUAAUAAUUUUAUAAAGACCUUCACUCAAGUUUAUAGAUUUGGGCCCAAAAUUAAAUAAUUUAAGCGAGGAGAAAAUAAAAGCGUGCUCUACUGAGUCGAAGGCUUUAUAGAAGUCCAAGAAAAGAAGGAAGCCGUCAUCUGCAAUUUGUUCACUAUAUUCAAUUAUGUCCAUAGCAAGUUAACAAGAAUCUGUUUUACAACAAAAUGAAAAUGUGCUCUGAUAAAAACCUCAACCAGACUAAACCUCACACCGAAUAGACGAUCUUCGUAAGGAAGCAUCUGUUUACGUGUUGCAGCCGGAUCGUUUUCAGCGACACACAAUCACUUCCGUGUAACUUUGUUGUCGGCUGUAACGUUUAAUUUACCUCCAUUAUUGAUUUUGGAGUUUUAAAACCCCGGUUUGAUAAACCAGAGGCGUUAAUCCAGUGUGAUUAAAGCCGUGUUUGUGUAUCUAUUAUUUGGGGGCAGCCGGAAGUGUUCGGGUCCUUUAGGAUGGAUGAUGCUAGCGGGCAAACAGCUAAUGAUGCUAGCGGGCAAACAGCUAACGUGCCGUGUGAGAAGCCCGAACAUAUCCCAACAGAAGAGAAGUCGUUACUAGAGCGGUACGUGGAACCGGACCUACUUUCGGACUCGGACCUGUACUUGGACCCGGACCGGAACUCCGACCUGGACCUGGACCCAGACCCGGCUAAUGCGAAAGAUAACGAUGCGACACAUAACUGUCAGGCGGUACAGGUGGGCAGCACAGUUUCAGAGUCCGCUGUUAACACGCAGUCGGACUGGGAGAGCCAGGUGGCGGCCAUAUUUGAGUACAGCUGUAAACUGACGAAGGAGUACAACCAGCUGCUAAAGAAAAAGGAGGAGGAGACGCAGGAAAAGGAGAAACACAAACAGCAGCUGCAGAAGAAGAAGGAGGAGACCAUCCAGCAACACCAGGCUCUGCUGGGAAAACUGGAAUCUCUUCGGGUCAAACUUCAGCUGAACGAUUCCAAAGCCUCCAGGAAGAACUUCUUAAGCAAGAAACAGGAAAUGACUUCAGAGAAGACCAGAGCAGAGGAGGAGAGGAACAGACUGGUCAAGGAGAUGGAGGAGAGCGACAGGAAGCUGUCGGCGCUCAGAUCAGAGCAUUACGUGGAGCAGCAGAGGUGGAAGGAUGAGCUGGAGGAGCUGAGGCAGGAGAUGGAGCGAGUGAGGAGGAAGGCACAAGCGACCCAGCUGCAGGCUCUUCGGGACGAGAUCACGGCGGUGGAGAAGCAGAGAGACGUCGCCAUGUCUCACAUCGAGGCCUGGUUUGGCGAGGUGACUCAGUACCUGAACGUUCUCCGGGUGGAGUUCCCGCAGCAGUACCACGCGGAGCGGGCCAAGUGGGAGAAGAAAGAAGGUAUGGUCCGUAAAAACAAGGUGGAGCUCCAGAACCGCGUCCAGGAGGUUCUGCAGCAGAUCCAUCAGGGUCGGGAGUUGGAAUCCCUCCCCAGGAUCAACAUUCCACCUCUGCCCCAGAUUCCCUUGGCGGAUCUUAGAUUCUGUCAGGUGAUGCAGUCUUUGGCCCCGCCCCCUCCUCCACACCCACCCCCCCUACAAAGACAUCCUCACUACUACCCGCCACGCCACCACCACCCUCCCCCCCACCACCCUCACUACCGCGGGUCCUUCCGCCCCCCGCCCCGUCUGUACUUCCAGCCCCCCCCAGUACACCUACACCAGCCUCCGCCCCCCUUCCAUGCAGUCCAGCCUCCCCAGCAUCAGUUCCAGGCUCAUAUUAGGGCCCCACCCAGGGUGACUCCCCCUCCCAGUCUGUCCCCUUCUCCCCCUGUGGCCCCCUCCCCGCCCCCCUCUGUGGCCCCAGCUGCCCCCGCCGAUAAACUGGAGAAGUUUCUGGAAAAGCUGGGGGCGAGCUUCCCUCGGUGCAGCAAGGCUCAGCUGACGUCGCUGCUGCAGCAGGUGAAGAGUUCCCGAGGAACGCUGGCAGGAAUGUCCAUGGAUGACAUCAUCGAGCAGGUCGGCUUCAAGCUGGUUCAGAGCGAGAGGUCGGUGCCGGGGCCCAUCAGCAGGCCAGCUCCAGUGGGGCCCAUCCAGAGACCGGCCCCUCCCCUUCAGAGAGCCGCUGCUGCCGCAGCACCUCUGCCUUCCGCCGGAGCCCGGAAGCUCUGCCUGAUGUGCCAGAACCACGUGGACCCGGAGAGCCGGUACCCGCUGAGCUGCUCCCACGCCAUCCACAAGGACUGCAUCCAGAUGUGGCUCCAGUCCAGCAAGAACAACUCCUGUCCCUUCUGUCCAGCGAAGUGACCCAGAACCAGGAGAACUGACCCAAUCAGACCUUCAUCAGAUCCUUUUGUUUGGACCUCUAGUUCUGUUUGUUCUGGAGUUCAGAUGUUUCAGACUCUUUCUGCGUUUAUUUUGUUUUAUUAAUUCUUUGUUUAAAACUAACCUCAGAAACUUGAAAUGUGAAACGUUCUGCGGUUCUGGUGUUGGAAGGAAUCUUUUGGCCAAAGAUUGUUCUGUUUAUUCUUUUAGAAAAAUAAAAUAAAACAAAACGAAA